GGCCGGAACGGAGCUGCAUUCGGUUCGUGUCUGGCUUCGUCGUUGGUGCAUCUCUGCCUGCUGACCCGGAUUUCGGCUGUCCCCGCCACGAGCUUCAAAAAUCGGCUCCUGUGAAAGUAGGGCAAAAAGUUUUGCGUCCCGGAACGCCGGUGUGUAAAUCCUAGUUCUUCCUCGUACACUUCUGCUUCUUCUUCUGCUUCACCGCCGUCAAAAUUGGCCAGCUGAUUAACGGCCCUCCUCGCGCCACUGCAAUCCGUUAAGCUGGUGUUGGUGCGGGUUUCACUUUCCAAAGUGUUCCCUCCCCCUGUACGGAACGUGCCCCCGCUGCUGCUGCGUGUGUGACACGGACGCUCUAUACAACAAAAGAGGAACGAGGUUCCGGCUGGCGGACGACGACGACGACGACGACAACACGAAGAUACAAGUUUGACGCGGCACCGUGCGAAAGCCAUUCAAUCGUGGCUCGUCGAAGCGGAAGGAUUGGUUUGUCCCAAGUUUGAGUUAUCUCCCAGGCGUGGUCUCUCAAGUGUUGAAAGUGAUAGUUUGUGGUGCAAGAUUUAGUGCCAAAGAGUACAAGAUAAACGCCAAAGUUCAAAAAGCUUUCUCAAGACUUCGAUAAAAAAAAGGAUUGUGCGAUCGUUUCCGUGAGGUGAAACAACGCCGGAAACAAAAACGCGGCAGUCCAAAAAGGAUUUUCCGUUAGGGAUUAAUACGCAAGCUUCAAUCCCCCGGUCCUGCUGACUGCUGAUCGCCCAGGUGAUUCUAGCCCCCCUCGCAAGACAAGCAACACACCACAAACCGCCUUAACCAUGUCGAUCUCCGAGUUCCGCAAGAAGAAGCUGCUGUACGUGUUCAACGUGUUUUUCGACGUGAACCAGAGUGGCGAAAUUGACCGCAAGGAUUUCGAGAUGGCAGUGGAGAAAAUCUGCGAACUGCGAGGCUGGCCCGUGGGCAACAGCCGAAACACGGAAACCCACGAGUCCAUGUUCAAAAUCUGGGAAGGGCUGCGGGCCAAGGCCGACAAGGAUAACGACGGUCAGGUCUCGGUCGAGGAGUGGUGCAAAAUGUGGGACGAGUACGCCCGGGAUCCGGACUCGGUGCUGGAUUGGCAGCUCAGAUACAUGAACUUUAUGUUCGACCUCGAGGACGCCUCCAACGACGGCGGCAUCGACGCCGAGGAGUUCUCGAUCGUGUGCUCCAGCUACGGCCUGGACCAGCAGGAGUGCCGGGAUGCGUUCGGCAAGAUGGCGCAGGGUUCCGAGGAGGUUGACCGGGAGCAAUUUUCCAAGUUGUGGCGCGAGUACUUCUCGUCGGACGAUCCCGCCUCGCCCGGUAACUUCAUCUUUGGCAAGACGUCGUUUUAACGCAGCUGUCGAUGACACAUUUACACACAACAGCAACACUACAACACAAGUUCCCGAUAUCACUUUCUCUAGCUGCUAGAGCAAUUUGAUAAUAUGUAUUUGAACGGAUGGAUAGGAAAAAAGGGACAAGUAAGCAGAGUUUUUCAAUUUAGAACACAGAAAAAAAAAACAGUUUUAUCGAAAUGAUUAGACAUUAGUUUUGUUUUUUCGUUAUCGUGAUAAAUGAUCGUAAAGUGCACUCAGAAAAAAAGUAACAUCACACAACAGAGCAAGGCAUCGAGGUCCGCAAGCAAUUCAGUGUCUCGCUACUUUUAUCAAUAUUUUUGCCCCACAUUUCGGUGACCCCCCAGGGGUUUGCAUCAAUCAAGCAAGUGAAACACCCUCGGCCAAAUGACACCAAAGUGCCGUUGUCGUUUAAAAGUCAUGAAUAAUGGAAACAUCGCGAGAAAAAGUGCAUCCGUUUAUGACACAGUUUGGCAAACCCUUUUUUGGGAGGUUGGGGUGACAAAAAGGAUGAAUGCGAGGAACGUGAUUAUAAUAAAUGGUGUCAGCGCUGGGAAUGUGAUAAAUCACUUCAAAAGAAAGAGGUGGAAGGCACUUUUUCGUAAGUGGUGCGAUGUUGGUUUUUAGAGU